UGUCAAUUGUGAAUAUUGACAACCAAUAUGAGUAAAUGAAAGAGAAACGCGGAUAUUUCCCUUAAACACAAGAAAUAUUACCUAAGCCUUAUCUAAUAUUAAAGAUAAUCCCAACAAGUGCUACUUAAAGAUUGAGUGUUGUAAUAUAUAACUGUUAUUUUAGUAUAGUUGGUGAAAGAUGAAUAAUGCACCGCAGUUCUCUUUACGGUGGAAUAAUUACGUAUCUCACGUAACAGAAGCGUUCAAUGUUCUCCGUUUCGAAAACGAUUUAGUGGAUGUCACGCUGUGCUGCGAUGGAGGUAAAAUAAAAGCACAUAAAAUGUUGUUAUCCGCCUGUAGUAGUUACUUCAAGCAAAUAUUCAAAGAGAAUCCAUGUCAACAUCCAGUGAUUAUAUUUAGGAACUUCAAGUUUGAAGACCUCAAUGCGAUCAUCAAUUUUAUGUAUCAUGGAGAGGUGAACAUAUUUCAAGAACAAUUGGAAUCAUUCCUGAUAACUGCUGAGCUUUUAGAGGUAAAGGGUUUGACAGACAAUGUGGAAGAUGAAUCAUCUAAAAGCCAGUUGCGAAUCACGGAUAACACAUCUUUAGAUUUAAGUUCUAAAUCAAGUAGAAUUAUUGAAGAUAUUGUGCCUGUAUUGUCUGACGAACCAAUUAACUUGGCAACCAUGCAAACCUCCAGAGAUGAGUACAUUCCACAGCCUACAGCAGUAAAAAGUAUUCCAGAACAAGAAAAUGGUAACAUUGAAAUGCAACCGGAAACCUCAAAGUCUGAUGAAAGUGUAAAGUUGAAAGUAGUACAACCUGCUGGUGAAGAAAUGCAAGUGGAUACACAGUCAACAUCUGCUGAAGAUUUGUCUGAAAAAAAUAAUUCUGAGUCUGAACUGGCCAAGUUCCGCUGUCAACUUUGCCCGAAAGGUUUCAAGCAUCCGACUUCACUGACCCUGCACAAAGAUUCACACGCCGGAAAAACGCAAUGCCCUGUCUGUCACCGAUCAUUCUCACGGUCUUACGACAUGAGAAGUCACUUACAAAGAAUACAUCAAGGAAAACAGCUGACUAUCAAGGAGAUCAGAUAUAAGAACACAAAUGACAAUGUCGCACCCAAGCAGUUUACUCAUCAUAUUUAGUUAAAGCCACAUGGUAACUAAAGUUACCAUUAUUUGUGCACAUAGUGCAAACGCCUAGAACUGUCUAUAUAUAGUACAUUAACUUUAACAGCUAUUGUUAUAUUAAAAUGAAAAAAAUAUUUUUAUUUACUAUUUUUAUUAAGUCACAAAUGAUAUUGCUCAGUGCUAGCUUUGGCUAUUUUUAUACUAGUCUGUAAUAUUACUGUUUUAAUAUUAUAAUUGUUUCCAUUA